CGCGGCGCGGAGCACGGAUUGCCCGGUGGAUUCGUUACGCUCUACGAGCCCUUAUUCUUCGCGAAAGAAAAGGGGCAAAGCCCAAAAAUCUAAGUAGCCUUUUAGCUUCACCCUCUACGGCUAUCGCCCCCUUCGUUGUACACUAAUGGACUGCAGCUGUAGCAAUUUCAGAACCUCCACUGCUCCUCUAUCAUGGACACCCACUUCCUCGUCUCGCUUCAAAUAUCGGAGUUUUAAGCGUUUUAACUUCAAUAAACAUUCUAUGGUGGCGAUGAGAGUUUCUGAGUCUGGCGAAAAUGGCUCCCUCAAUAGGUUUCCCUUUACUCCCAACAAGCUUUUUAUGCAGGAGGCAAUCGGAGCUGAAUAUGGAGAAGGAUUUGUGAGUUUUAGACCAGAUGGUCCUAUGAAAGUGGACGUGGAUUUCUUGAACGAUAGACUACAAGAAGGAUUUCUUCAAAGAAUUCGUUAUGCUAUGAAACCCGAUGAAGCAUACGGCUUAGUUUUCUCUUGGGAUAAUGUUGUGGCAGAUACUCAAACUUUAAAGUUAAAUUCAUGGAAACAACUUGCCUCAGAAGAAGGAAAAAGAGUUCCUGAAGAUGGUGAUAUGCAGAAGCUUAUGCUUUAUGCAGGUGCAGAUCAUGUAUUGCAGAAGCUUCUACGUUGGGGCAUGGCAGAAAGCGAGCUGGAUAGAUUGCAAUCGAGGUUUUCACAGUUGUAUUAUAGAGGUCUUCUUUCUCUUAAAACGCCAGUUGAUGGUCUCAAAGAGUGGCUGGAUGCCGUGUCUACAGCUCGCAUUCCCUGUGCCAUCGUUUCAAGUCUCGAUCGGAAACACAUGCUCGAAGCAUUAGACCGAAUGAGUUUGAAGAAAUAUUUUCAGGCAAUCGUAACGGAGGAAGAUGGUAUGGAGUCGAUGGCUCAUAGGUUUCUAUCUGCUGCUGUGAAGCUGGAUCGAAAGCCUUCCAAGUGUGUGGUGUUUGAGGAUGAUCCUCGAGGCAUAACCGCUGCUCACAAUUGUACGAUGAUGGCUAUAGCAUUGAUCGGUGCGCACCCCGCAUAUGAUCUAGUACAGGCUGAUCUUGCAGUUGCUAGCUUCAACGAGCUUUCGGUAAUCAACUUACGGAGAUUAUUCGCUAACAAGGGUUCAACGUUCAUGGAAUUGCAGAAGCAGAACGUCGAGAAAGCUCCAUUGAAGAGAAAGCUUACCAUCGACACGAUAUUCUGAUUCGUUUUCUUUCAUUCCUCAGUUCUUUCCAUGUAUGUAAAGUUGGUCAUGAUGUCAAUUCUUUUCUCCUCUCAUAUAAAUCUUGCAAGCUUCAGUAAGAUUCUGUGUAGAAUGCAAGCUAUAAUUUUUGUUUGUCAUGAGGCUGUGAGAAGCGUUCUCUUAAGCUAAACUGGAUGCUCGUUUUGGAGAACUCGGAUAUCUCGAGCGCUUAAGUUAAAGACUGCCACUCAACGGGCUCUUUACUAC